AUGCAUGUGUUUGCGGGAGGAAUUGUUACCUUAGUGGAUCAAGGAGGUAACUCUCAGGAUACAUGGGAGGAAGUUGAUCCUGAUGAGCUUUCAUAUGAGGAACUCCUUGCACUUGGUGAAGUAGUUGGAAUUGAGAGCAGAGGGCUUUCAGCUGAUUCAAUUGCAUCCUUGCCUUCAUUAACAUACAAGGCAGAAAGCAGUCAGACCGGAAAUAAUGAUUCGUGUGUCAUCUGCCUUGUAGGCUAUGAGGAUGGUGACUCCUUGACAGUGCUUUCUUGCAAGCAUUCAUAUCAUCCCGAGUGCAUAAAUGAUUGGUUGAAAAUAAAUAAGGUCUGUCCUGUUUGUAGUGCUGAGGUCUCUAUCUCAGGUCAGAGCUAGUAUUUUUGGACAAUCCUCUUCCUCAAGCCACAAGGCACCUGCUUGUUUUUAAUACUCUGAAUGUACCAUCUUUUGAUGGGCAAAGAGUUGUAUCAACACAUCUAGCCUAGGCCUCGAUCUUUCUUGAUCUCUUGCCCACAAUUAGUAGGGCAAGGAUCAUUGUUGCUGUUAUACGACUUACUUGGGCUUGAUUUCCAAAAGGCUACAAAAUUUAUGGUAGAAAAUAAAUAUUCAAGUAGCCCUUACAAAAAUAUGAGAGUUUGAAAGGUUGAUCCAAACCAAUUUAGAGAUAAAACAACAUUAGACCUAAAUCAAAUAAAAGUAACAACAUUUGCAGUGAGUAACAAGUCAAUUAAGUGAAGUCAAUAAAUUAAUAUAAUUUAAAAUUUUAAUAUGAAGCCUUGAUCGUUGGUAAAUUUUUUAAAUCAAUUUCAUUAUGAGUUUUACUUCGAAAUAGUGUUGAGUAUUGUCAAGAUUAUUGGUUUUUUUUAU